CACAAUGCCCCUCGAUACAGUUAAGACAAGGUUGCAAGUUUUGGAUGGGGAGAAUGUGGAAGACUCUGUGCUGGCAAAUAGGGCUGAGGAUAGCAAUGGGACUAGUGGACGAAGUGCCCGCAAAGUAGUGACUCCCCUGGCUCAUAUGCCUUAUGGUGAUCAGUUGGAGCAUAAGAAGAACUCUCUUAUGCAGAUUCUCAAAGGACUUACUAGAAAUGCUCGCAAAGUUUGUCCUGAUGGUAUUCCACUUUCAGAAUGGAUUCUCAAGUCUAGGGAGAUAGGUGGUCUUCCAUGCAGUUUAGAGGGUAUACUAGCAUCCCCAGUUGUAAACGGAUAUCGUAACAGGUGUGAAUUUUCAGUUGGAUAUUCUCUACAGAGAAAAAUAACUGUGGGGUUUAUGCUCAGAAUUUUAGGGAGGGUGUUACAGCAGUUGAAGAACCUUUUGACUGCCCAAUCGUUUCCAGAAUUUCUUGCAAAUAUGCCUCUAUCUUUCAGGAGUUUCUGCAACAUUCAAGUUUACCAGUUUGGAACAGAUUUAAGAAUAUUGGAUUCUGGCGUCAACUGACGGUUCGAGAAGGUAGGAGACCAGGCAUGGCCUCUAAUGCUGAAAAUUUUGAGGCCAAUAUUGCAGAGGAGCUACUGCCAGUUCGCCAUAUUGCCUCUAACAGCUUUAGUUAUACAGGAUCACCGAGGAAUAUCAAAGGCAGCACCGGCUGAUGCUCCAUUGCGCUCAUUAUCCAUUUCAAAAGGAGAAGAUAGUUCUGAAAUGCAGGCCACCGACAAUGUUAUAGAAGCAAAAAAAUUCAUGACUAUAUAAGAAAUCUUCGGUUCUGCAUAUCACAAACAGCAUUUUUCCAGGUCAAUACCCUUGCUGCAGAGAAGCUAUACUCUCUUGCAGGGGAUUGGGCUGAGUUGGGUCCUGAUACCUUGCUAUUUGAUGUAUGCUGUGGGACUGGAACAAUUGGGCUGACUUUAGCACAUCAUGUUGGCAUCAGGGGCCAAACUGUACCCCAGGAGGGACCUUCAAGAGGUCCAGCUAGCUCGGACCAGCUGCAGUCGAGUGCACAGGAAUCCACCACCAGGCCUACUCCUAGCUCCCACGCUACUUCCAAGAUGUAGAAUUUAUUGUAAAUUACUUAAAGUCUUGUAAAUAAUUAGUAACUGCUCUGAUAUCUGGUUGGUUUAGAUAACCAGAACUGGUGAAUAUUUAGUUACCCUAUUCUGGCAGUUGGUGUGGAUUUAUUCGUUUGUUUGACAGGUGGAAAAAAAUUUGAGUUUAGUCAAAAUACAGGAGAGACUCUGCCGAAUUAGACCUACAAUAUGCACCAUUAUUGAGAAAAAUAAUAAUAAUAGUACCUAAAUCCAGAUUCAAAUUCUA